CGUUUGAUUUCCUUCCAACGUAGUUCGUACUGCUGAAGAAUGACUGGCCGCGGAAAGGGAGGCAAAGGUUUGGGAAAAGGAGGAGCGAAACGGCAUCGCAAAGUUCUUCGUGAUAAUAUCCAGGGAAUCACGAAGCCCGCUAUCCGCCGUUUGGCUCGUCGUGGGGGUGUCAAACGUAUCUCUGGUUUGAUAUAUGAAGAAACCCGAGGUGUCCUUAAAGUGUUCUUGGAAAAUGUUAUCCGUGAUGCUGUCACCUACACCGAGCAUGCCAAAAGGAAGACUGUCACCGCCAUGGAUGUCGUCUAUGCUCUGAAACGCCAAGGACGUACCUUAUACGGAUUCGGCGGUUAAUCAUCUUAUCUUCGUCUUUAAUAAACAAUCGGCCCUUUUCAG